CAGACCAGUGUAGCUAUUACUAGCAGCAAGAUAAAACAAAAUUUGUACUAAGAUGGUGUUUCUUACGGUAGUGACAUUGGCAGUCGUUGUAAGUGUACUGUACUAUUACUUCACAAGAACGUUUUCUUAUUGGAAGGAUCGAAAUGUUACUGCACCGAAACCUGUACCGUUUUUUGGAAACAUGUAUAAAUCCGCUUUGCGCUACGAUACAAUCGGUGGAGUUUUUAAAAACAUAUACGAAAGUUUCCCAAGAGAGAAAGUGGUGGGAAUAUUCAGGAUGACAACUCCAUCGCUCAUGGUACGAGACCUCGACAUUUUGAAGCAUAUUUUGGUAAAAGAUUUCGACAAUUUUGCGGAUCGAGGCUUGGAGUUCAGCAAAAAGGGGCUGGGACAAAACCUGUUUCACUCCGACGGGGAGACAUGGCGAGGACUUAGAAGUCGAUUUUCACCCAUAUUUACAAAUUCAAAGAUGAAGAAUAUGAUGUAUUUGCUCAACGAUCGAGCUGAUAAGUUCAUUGAUUACGUAAGUGAGAUUAUAGCGACGACACCCGAGCAUGAUAUCCAUGGAUUGGUGCAAAAGUACACAAUGUCAACAAUAACUGGAUGUGCCUUCGGUCUGGAUAUAGACACCUUUCGUGGAGAUAUUCUAACUUUAAAAAGAGUAGAUAAGGACAUAUUUUCCCCUAAUUUUGCUAAUGAGUUUGACAUGUUGUUCCCUGGUGCCCUUAAAAAGUUAAAUAUGUCCCUAUUCCCGGGGUACAUAACGAACUUUUUUAAAGAUCUUGUCGAAACUGUAACUACUCAAAGAAACGGAAAGCCGUCAAAUAGAAAAGACUUUAUGGAUUUGAUAUUAGAAAUAAAGAAUCAAAAACAGGUUGAAGUAGCCAAAAAGCACGGUGAUGAAGAAGCGAUUACGAUUGAUAUAACUAAUAGUGUAAUAGAAGCACAAGCCUUUGUAUUUUACGCUGCCGGUUAUGAGACCUCAGCUUCGACCAUGGGUUUCAUGUUGUACCAACUAGCAUUAGACACUAAAAUACAGGACAGAUUAAGAAAUGAGAUAGAUGAAUACCUUGAGAGACAUGGUGACAGAAUAGAACUGGAGACUUUGAAUGAGUUACAAUAUUUAGAUCAAGUUUUUAGUGAAACUCUUAGGAUGUACCCGAUAGUGGAUACUUUACAACGGAAGGCUGAAAACGAUUACAAAUUACCAGGAACUGAUGUUACAAUAGCUAAAGAUCAAAUUGUGUUCGCAUCUGUUUCGGGUAUUCACCACGAUAAGAAGUACUACUCAGAACCAGAGAAGUUUGAUCCCGAUAGAUUUUCUCCAGAAAGCGUGGCUGCCAGGCAUUCCUUUGCGUAUUUGCCCUUUGGCCUUGGACCGCGACAUUGCAUUGGAAUGCGCUUCGCUCGCGUGCAGUCCUGGGUGUGUAUAAUCCGAUUGCUCUCAAAGUUCCGAUUGGAAGCCGGCAAGAACACCGUUCGCUCCUUUUCCAACAACCCAUAUCGAGUCGUGAUCGCUCCUAACAAGACCCUCUACGUGAAUGUUUACCCGCGAUAGGAACUGUAUAAAUGAAUUG